AAAAGGUAUUGUUUCUUAUCGUAGUCGACAAAUGCCAUCUGGAGCAAAACAUUUGUAUCCAGGAUCACAUCCUUUGUUAAUUUCAUCAGCUCCUUCAUCAUCAGAACGUUUAAAAUCAUUUACACAAAUGAAUAAUAUUCAUGACAAUAACAAUAAUAAUACUAGAAAUUGUACUGAUAAUAAUAAUCUUAAUGUUAAUACGAAAAUUCAAGAUGAGACAACCAAUAACACAAACAAUGAGAAAAGAAAAGAAGAGGAAGAAGGAGAACAAACUUUGGUUAAAACUACAAAGUAUCACUCACCUUUAUUGGUUGAAACAGUAUUGAGCAAACUGCUUCCAGAAUUGAACCGAUCUCCAAGUAGGUCUUCAGAUUUAAAUAAUUCGAAUAAAACAUCAAAUAAUAAACAUACAUUGAAUCCACGAAUGAAUAAUUCGAAGAGACUAGAUACUGACAAAAAUCAUUCAAUAGAAACUUCAUAUUCAACCGACAAUAAAAUGAUACUGUAA